AUACCUUACAUGGAACUUUGGCUAUUGGUCAGCACAAGGUAUUAAAGGACCUACUCCAUUUCCCAUAAUUGGCACCUUUUGGCUGUCAGUAUCUAAGGGUAUAGUAGAGGGAGAUAGGAUAUUGUAUGAACGUUAUAAGAAAGACAAAGUAUAUGGCUUAUUUGAUGGAAGCACUCCUAAUCUAGCUAUUGUUGAUGGAGAUCUUCUUAAAACUGUUUUGGUCAAAGAAUUCUCCAGCUUCCAAAAUAGAAGACAAUUGCCCCCAGUGUUUGGAAAAGCUGUUGAAAAAAUGUUAACAAAUUUGGUUGAUGAUGAGUGGAAAAAGACAAGGAAUGUUAUGAGCCAGACUUUCACUAGUGGAAAGAUUAAACGGAUGAUGGAUGGUUUAAACACGUAUAACAAUAUUCUCUUGGAAAAGAUGGGAGAGAGAGCAGACGCAGAUGAGAUGUUUGAAUUCAAAGAUUUAGUGGGAAAAUGUACGUUGGACAUGGUGGCAG